CAUGUCAUUAUCGGCGCUCACCCUUCUUCGCGCGCGCGUGGGGCGUAUAAAACGUGCGCGCGCGCGCCGAUCGACACACAACCAGUCUUCGGCGGCGGCGGAGACGUGAAGCAACAUGAAGUUCUUGGUUGUUUUAGUAGCCUCAUUGGCCGUGGUGGCCUUUGCCAGCGAGGAGAAAGGCGCACAGAAACAGGCGGCAACCGAAGACAAGAAACAAGAGAAGCGAGGAAUCUACGACAUCGGCCAUUAUGGCGGCGGCGAGGAGCACAGCUUCGGCGGCCAACAGAGCCAUGGCUUCGGCGGACACGACUUCGGCGGUCACGACUUCGGCGGGCACGAGUCCCACGGCCUGAGCCAAGGACACGGCGGUGACUUCGGCGGCUCCCACGGCUCGUGGCAGCCCAUCGAGCACCACGGACACGAGCACCACGAGCACGUCAAGCACGUCGAGGUCGUCAAGAAGGUCCCCGUGCCCUACACCGUCGAGAAACACGUGCCCUACACUGUUGAGAAGAAAGUGCCCUAUGAAGUCAAGGUGCCCGUGCCCCAGCCCUACACCGUCGAGAAGAAAGUCCCGGUCACCGUCAAGGAGUACGUCAAGUACCCCGUGUACGUCCCCGAGCCCUACACCGUUGAAAAGAAGGUGCCUUAUGAGGUCAAGGUCCCCGUCGACAAGCCCUAUGAAGUCAAAGUGAAGGUCCCCACCCCUUACACCGUCGAGAAGAAGGUGCCCUAUGAAGUCAAGGUCCCCGUGCCCCAGCCCUACACCGUGGAGAAGAAGGUCCCCUACCCGGUGAAGUACGAAGUGAAAGUUCCCCAGCCCUACGAAGUCAUCAAGAAGGUUCCCUAUGAAGUGAAGGUGCCAGUCGACAAGCCCUACAACGUGUACGUGGAGAAGCCCUACCCCGUGACCGUGGAGAAGCCCUACCCCGUGACCGUCCACAAGCCCGUGCCGUACGAGGUCAAGGUCCCCGUCGACAGGCCCUACAAGGUCGAGGUCGAGAAGCCCUACCCCGUGCACGUGAAGGUCCCGGUGCCCAAGCCCUACGACGUGUACAAGAAGGUGCCCUACACCGUCGAGAAGAAAGUGCCUUAUGAAGUGAAGGUCCCCAUCGACAAGCCGUACCCCGUGUACAAGGAGGUGCAAGUGCCCCUCGUCAAGGAGGUGCCUUACCCCGUGAAGGUGCACGUGCCCAUUUACUUCAAGAAGGAGGUGGAACACCAUCACCAUCAGCACCAUCAGCACCACGAGCCCCAGCACUACGAGAGCCACGGGUGGAACUGAGCAGGAGUACUACGUUAGGUCUCACACCAGUACCUUAUUAGGCUAAGUUCGAAAUGUGAUCAAUUAGUAUUUGUAGUGUAUAUAUGUUUGCAAAAUUGCAAUGGUGCUCGCUCGGCAAGGUUGUGAUGGCCCGGGAGACCGGGUCUGGCGGCUGCAAGGCUACCAUGGACAUCGAAACUCGAAUCUUCUAUCUGCGUCUCUAUCUCGCAAAUAAAAGAGAAAUAGAGAUGCACAUAGAUCUUUGAAUUUCGAUGUUCGCGGUAACCCUUCUGAAAUGAAGGCUAACUUUCCGCAUAGAAUUGUCUACAAUUCGCGGUACCCAGUUGUAUUAUAGUGAUCUGUUAUUACUUGUUUAGCUUUUUGUAUGCUUUUGUUAUGUAUGUAAAAUAAUCAAAGUACUUUGUGCUUUGAACUGAGGCUGAUUUAUUAAAAAAAUGAAAUUUUAUAA